AAAUUCUUGACAGAUUCUACUUCAGAUUGAGAGAAUUCAAGAUGGCUGCUUCAGGUUCCAGGUAAGGGCUCACUCCCCCGGAUCCCCAGUGCAUGAAGUUCUCCUGUCGUUGAAGCAUCUCAGUGCUGCCUCCCCUGCUCUUCCUACCUGUCAUUAUGUCCUCCAACUCUUCUUCCUGCUCCUCCUCGGGAGAGACUAGUCCAGAGGACGUGCCCCGAGGCGGGGGCACCAUCCGUGUCUUCCUCCCCAAUAAACAGAGGACCGUGGUAAAUGUUCGCCCUGGGCAGACCGUUUAUGACAGUUUGGAUAAAGCCCUUAAAGUAAGGGGCCUGAGCCAGGACUGUUGCGCUGUGUUUCGACUCCUAGAGGGUCGCAAGAGACUAACUGAUUGGAACACUGACAUCACCCCACUGGUAGGAGAAGAGCUGCUGGUAGAGGUGUUGGAUGAUGUCCCCCUCACCAUGCAUAACUUUGUACGAAAAACCUUCUUCAAGUUGGCCUAUUGCGACUUCUGCCACAAGUUUCUGUUCAACGGCUUCAGAUGUCAGACAUGCGGCUACAAGUUUCACCAGCACUGCAGCAGCAAAGUCCCCACUGUGUGUGUGGACAUGGACACUAUGACAAAACGGUGCACACCUAAUCCCUGCCCAGAUGAGUACCCUCGGAUAUCCAUACUGUUGCCCGACAACUCCAUAUCCCAGAGCGACAUAGCCUUAACCCCAGAUCCUUCUGGGCAUGGACUACUGUCCCCAACCUCGGCCUUCCGGUUCCCCCUGCCAGGUGAAGAUGGUCAGUCCCUACAGAGGCAUCGGUCCACCUCCACCCCCAACGUCCACAUGAUCAGCAUCGUGGGCCCUGCCGAUGUCAGCAUCAUAGAGGAGGCGUUAAAAAUACAAAACAAUACAAUGGGUCCUGAACCCUCACCCAAACCCUCCACCAGCCCGCCCUCCCUGGGCUCCCCUGGCAGGAGACCACCCAAAUCCCCCUCAGAGCACAAGGAGCGCAAGCCCUCCUCAUCUGACGACAAAAAGAAAGUGCACCGUGGUGGUUAUAGAGACUCAAGUUACUACUGGGAGGUCCACUCGCGAGAAGUCAACAUCCAGAAAAGGAUAGGUGCAGGCUCCUUCGGGACUGUCUUCAAGGGCAAGUGGCACGGAGACGUGGCCAUCAAGAUCCUCAAAGUGACAGAGCCAACACCUGAGCAGUUGCAAGCCUUUAAAAAUGAAAUGCAAGUGCUACGAAAGACACGCCACGUCAACAUUCUGCUGUUCAUGGGCUUCAUGACUAAGCCUAACUUUGCCAUCAUCACACAGUGGUGUGAGGGCAGCAGCCUGUACCGCCAUCUGCACGUCUCUGAGACCAAGUUUGAGACCAUGCGUCGCAUCGACGUGGCCAGGCAGACCGCACAGGGCAUGGAUUAUCUUCAUGCCAAGAAUAUAAUUCAUCGAGACCUGAAAUCAAACAACAUCUUCCUCCAUGAGGGCUGGACUGUGAAGAUCGGGGACUUUGGGCUGGCAACGGUGAAGUCUCGAUGGAGUGGCUCUGAGCAGGUAGAACAGCCCAGUGGCUCCAUUCUGUGGAUGGCUCCUGAGGUGAUCCGGAUGCAGGACGCCAACCCUUACACGUUUCAGUCAGACGUGUACGGCUACGGGGUGGUGCUGUUUGAGCUGAUGUCGGGGACUCUGCCUUAUUCCCAGAUUAACAACCGAGACCAGAUACUCUUUAUGGUUGGGCGCGGCUACUUGUCUCCAGACCUCAGUUUACUGUCUAGUAGCUCACCCAAGUCCAUGAAGAGGCUCAUCAUUGACUGCCUGAAGUUCAAACGUGACGAGAGGCCCCUAUUUCCACAGAUCAUGUUAGGCAUUGAGCAGGUCCAGGACCUGUUGCCAAAAAUCGAGCGGAGUGCCUCAGAGCCCUCCCUCCACCGGGCUGUCCAUGCAGAGGAACUGAACCCACUCCUGUUCCACACCACUCGGCUGAUGCCCCUGUGAGCUCUGCCAAGCCAGGCCCAGGAGUUGUCUGUCCUUCUGUCUGAGAGAGAGAGAAGAGACCAUCACCACUGACGCGAACGUUGGCUGCAUUACUCCCAUGUGAGAGAGUCCACUGACAGCUGCCCAUCCCAACACCCACAGGGGCUAUAUCCCAAAUGGCACACUAUUCCCUACAUAGUGCACUACUUUUGACCCGAGCCCUAUGGGCCCUGGUCAAAAGUAAUGCAUUAUAAGGUGAAUAGGCUGCUGUUUGGGACGCAACCCAGCAUUCCCCUUCCUCUGACACUGGUUGGGGCUCCUACAACACCACCACCACAUGUAACCCCUCCUCACGCUGACACUCCACAGCACAUCACAACCCCCUGAGCCCUCAGACUCUCCCUACUACAAAUUAGAACCACACAGCUCCCCGCCCGCUCCCCCUGCUCACAGGCCUAGACACACUGGAACUACAGAACACAUGCUGGCCUGGCCAUGUCAGAACCCAGACAUUCCUAUACUGUAACUCUACUGGCCCGGCCAUGUCAGAACCCAGACAUUCCUAUACUGUAACUCUACUGGCCCGGCCAUGUCAGAACCCAGACAUUCCUAUACUGUAACUCUACUGGCCCGGCCAUGUCAGAACCCAGACAUUCCUAUACUGUAACUCUACUGGCCCGGCCAUGUCAGAACCCAGACAUUCCUAUACUGUAACUCUACUGGCCCGGCCAUGUCAGAACCCAGACAUUCCUAUACUGUAACUCUACUGGCCCGGCCAUGUCAGAACCCAGACAUUCCUAUACUGUAACUCUACUUGCCUGGCUAUGGAUUUCUCAAGGCUGCUUUUAGGGGUAGGACACCAGACUUUGUAGUCGUACCAUAAUAACGUCAGUGUUUUGCGCUUUUGAGUGCAAGCGAUGAAAGAGAAAUGCUUACAAAACAACAACUGCAUGCACAGAAGAUUACUUUCACUUGGUUUUUGGGUACCAUAUUUUAAGUUAUUGGUCCUUUUGGUCCCAUAAUGGUUUUGGGAAAUCAUAGUGUUGUCGUGCAGUCUUAGAAUAUGACCAUGAAGAAGCUGCUAUACAACAUGGAUUUGAUAUGCCACUGUCUUUGAGACUCAAGUUAACUGCAGCAUCAAAUAUGUACAGCACCAUUUUAAUAGGCACAGCAGGGUCGUAUUUAUUAGUGCACACCAAAGCAAAACAUUUUGCAACUGAAAUAUGAAAACAAGCACUUCUUAUUGGACAUGGUUAGGUAGUCCCUCCCUGUUUCAGUUCAUUUUCUUUCAUUUGGUGCCUAGUGAAUAUGACCCAGACAUGUAUAAACCUGUGCAUUGUUUCCAGUGAAUACAUAGGCUAGUUUAGCCCAGAUAGUUUCUGUAUGGCCUGAAACCUGUAGUCUUAACAAGUAAAGAGUAUUCUCAAUGCUUUACAUGCUUACAGUCAGCUUGACUCUACAUUGCACCAUGGACCAGCACUUGUGCUAGCAAAUCAUGUUAAAACAAGCUGCCUUACUUAUAUGUAUUUGCUUUUUGCUCAUUGUGACACAUGAAGCUUAUGGCAGUGGUUGAAGUGAAAAAUAUUAUUUCUAGUCUCUUCGGUGGAUGUUUUUGGUUUAGUUUAAAAUGGACUAUUCAUUAUCAAUCACGUGGCAUCUAGUUUAUCUGAAUCCUGCUUUCAAUAUAACUUUUGUGGGGGUAUAAUAACUUGAAAAUGUCCAAAUGUUUGGAACAUUGUUGUUUUCUUAAUUCCUGAUUGUAGUAGCUUAUACACUUUGACCGGACUUUAGGAAAUGGUAGCCUUUAACUUAAAUGAUUGACUUUUCCUCUUCCUCCUUCCUAUUGCUGUUGAUUGUGGGUUGCUACUUCAAUUGACUGUUGUACCUAGUGAAAGAUGGUUGCUUGCUUGCUUGGUAUUAACAGUGAUUAGCCUAUUGCCCUCAGACUCAACUCUGGACCUGGAAGCCAGUUCCAAUGUGUUUUUUUCAUUGUUCCCCUCUAAUCAGGGACUGAUUUAGAC